AGUGGCUGACUUUCAAAAAUCAUCUGCAGAUGCGGCUCACAGAUAAAUCCUGCAAUGGGGUGACGGUGGACGGUGAAUCUCAGGCAGGGCUCAGUUUGACGCUCAAAAAAGUCCGCGGGGAAGUUCCCUAGGAAAUCCCCCAACACUGUGCGGGGAUAUUAUUGUCGACACCGCUGCGCAAAACCUUCGACACAAUUGACCUCCUCGGUCCAUUUCUGAAGACACGGGACUCGAAGCAGAGGCGUCAAAUGCCGGAUUAUUAAAAGACUGAAACAUCUGUCAAAUCUACGAAAUCAUCAACAAUGGAUAACGUCAGCCUAAACACGGACACCGACAUGCUGAAAGACAAACUGCGGAGCUGCAGCACGCUCAAUACUCUGUACCAUGAGACGCGGCAGGAAAUCGACCUCCUGAACAAACAGAUCUAUGUUAAGGACAAUAUCAUUGCAGAUUUAAAGGCGAGGCUGGGGAAAUAUGAGAGGAUCUACAUGACUGUGGGAGAUAACGAGUCUGUGGUUAUCGGACCGUCCAAGUCUUUGCUGGAGAGCUUGUGUAAAGAGAUAUACAAACUGAAACAGAAGAGGAACGAUAUGGAGUUCAAGACGUCUCGACAAACUGAGGAGAUCCAGAGGCUGAAUGUGCAGCUCCGAGAAAAGGAGCUAGAGUUGGAGAGUGUCAGGUGUCAGCCGGACCACGAGAAGGAUCAGGAGAUCCAGAGGCUGCGGUCCGCCCUGCAGGAGAGGGAGCGGUCCGAGGCCACCAGAGUCGUGCUCUGCACAUCCCUGGCGGAGGAGGCUGACCAGCUCCGCAGCCAGCUUGGUGCAACGGUGAAGGUGUGCCAGGAGCUGCUGGCCAGGCUGGAGAAAGAGAAGAAGGCGGGAGGAGAGGUGGAGGAUGUGGCUCGGCAGGAAAAGUCUGAGAUGACAGAGUCUUCUGACUUGAGUAGUGUUACCGCUCAAAUCCGUCAACUUAAGGAGGAGAAUCAACAGCUGAAGCAGCGAGUGGCUUAUGUACAAGGUCUGAACUCUCAGUGGCAAAAGUAUGACUCCAGCAGGGAAGACUAUAUCCGAGGUUUAUGUCAGAGGCUGAGGGAGACCCCCGGGCAGGCCUUGGUGCCCGGGCUUGGCUCUAUCAGCACUGGGUUGCUUCAUCAGGAGAUUUCUAGGCUCAAUGGCUUAUUGGAGGAGAAGAUGAGCGAGUGUGCGCAGCUGGGUAGAGAAGUGGAGGAGAUAAGGAGGCAAGAUCAAGACCGAAUCCAGACUCUGGAGCAGCAGGUCCUCAUUUAUGCAGACGACUUUAAGUCGGAGCGUGCGGACAGAGAGCGAGCACAGGGGCAGAUCCAAGAUCUCAAGGAGCAGAUCCAUCAGUUGAAACAGCAGAUACACAAACAGUGUGCAAGCAGAGAGAACAGAGAAGUGGUCCCCAUGUGCCGUGUGCACAUAGGACACAGGAUCACCUCAAGGCGACACAAGGACUCCUCGGAGCCUCUCUUGAGGACCACUGCAGAGAUGCAGCAACAGCCUGCAGCUGCAGCGGCGACUGCGAGCCCUGCGUGGAACGAAUGCCCGGGCAUGUCGGAGCUACAGUGCCCACGAUGCCUCGCCACAUUCAGCGACACAGAAGCUACAGAGUACCUGAACCAUUGUGAAGAGUGUGCCAAACUAUAAGCGGAACAACACUCAUUUUUGGAAAAGACUCUUAUCUCUUGCUGACAGUAAUUCAACACUGAAGAGCAGCACUACACAGCAGAAAAUAACCUGAUUGGAGUUUCCAAUACGGAGAGACUUGACGACAAAUGAAACGACUGACUUGAGAUGUUUGUACAUAGUGAAGCAAAACUGUACAACCCAAAGUUCCCCUGUCGCAAGAGAAAUGAGUUCAUCAGUCUACAUCGUUAAAUAUCCAAUGUCGGGUUCUUAGUGUUCUCCUGUGGCAAUGAUGGAAAUUAUUGUGGUGGGAUAAUGGAUCUGAAUGCAAUAUAUUGAAUAUCAUAUACCUCAAUGUGUCAUAUUACAAACCUGUUGCACUUUCUUGACAUUUAAACCAAAACUGAAUCGUAGGAUCAUAUGAUUAAGAGAUUCAUGACCUAUAAGCUUCUUAUUUUGGAUAAUGUGGUGCUAUUAGUUUAUUUUUUAAGACAUAUUUCUGUCCUGUAAAUUAUAUAUUCUUAAUAACAAAUUUAA